AUGGCAGUGUGGGGAGGUGACAGCGAGGUGGGGAGGUGGCAGCGAGGUAGGGAGGUGGCAGCGAGGUGGGGAGGUGGCAGCGAGGUGGGGAGGUGGCAGCGAGGUGGGGUGGUGGCAGCGAGGUGGGCAGGUGGCAGCGAGGUGGGGAGGUGGCAGCGAGGUGGGGAGGUGGCAGCGAGGUGGGGAGGUGGCAGCGAGGUGGGGAGGUGGCAGCGAGGUGGGGAGGUGGCAGCGAGGUGGGGAGGUGGCAGCGAGGUGGGCAGGUGGCAGCGAGGUGGGGAGGUGGCAGCGAGGUGGGGAGGUGGCAGCGAGGUGGGGAAGUGGCAGCGAGGUGGGGAGGUGGCAGCGAGGUGGGCAGGUGGCAGCGAGGUGGGCAGGUGGCAGCGAGGUGGGGAGGUGACAGCGAGGUGGGCAGGUGGCAGCGAGGUGGGGAGGUGGCAGCGAGGUGGGCAGGUGGCAGCGAGAUGGGCAGGUGACAGCGAGGUGGGCAGGUGGCAGCGAGGUGGGCAGGUGGCAGCGAGGUGGGCAGGUGACAGCGAGGUGGGGAGGUGGCAGCGAGGUGGGGAGGUGGCAGCGAGGUGGGGAAGUGACAGCGAGGUGGGCAGGUGGCAGCGAGGUGGGCAGGUGGCAGCGAGGUGGGCAGGUGGCAGCGAGGUGGGCAGGUGGCAGCGAGCUACAAACCCUUUCCUACGCGUGGCUCAACUAGCCAUCACUAGCAUACUCUCGCCGCGACCUACGCCGUCGCCGCCGUUCCCCCCCCCUCCCGCCGCGAUUACGCCUUCCUCGCCUGCCGAUUCCACCGCCGCGAGCGCAACGCCGCUGUCCCCUCCUCCCCCCCGCCGCGACCCCCUGUCGCCGCCUCCCCUUCUCGCCGCCGCGCCCGAUUCGGCGCUGCCUGCGCAUCUUGCCGCCGCGACGCCUCGUCGCCGCCUGCCCGCUGCCCGUCCCUCCGCCGCGACGUCACGUCGCCGCGUUCCAGCCGCUGCGCCUGCUACGGCGCCGCCUGCGCAUCCUGCCGCCGCGACGCCUCGUCGCCGCCUGCCCGUCCCUCCGCCGCGACGUCUCGUCGCCGCGUUCCCGCCGCCGCGCCUGCUUCGGCGCCGCCUGCGCAUCCUGCCGCCGCGACGCCUCGUCACCGCCUGCCCGUCCCUCCGCCGCGACGUCUCGUCGCCGCGUUCCCGCCGCCGCGCCUGCUACGGCGCCGCCUGCGCAUCCUGCCGCCGCGACACCUCGUCGCCGCCUGCCCGUCCCUCCGCCGCGACGUCUCGUCGCCGCGUUCCCGCCGCCGCGCCUGCUUCGGCGCCGCCUGCGCAUCCCGCCGCCGCGACGCCUCGUCGCCGCCUGCCCGUCCCUCCGCCGCGACGUCACGUCGCCGCCUCCCCUUCCCGCCGCCGCGCCUGCUUCGGCGCCAUCUGCCCGUCCCGCCGCCGCGACAGCUCGUCGCCCCCUGCCCGUCCCGCCGCCGCGACCUAA